AUGGACACACGUAUACACAAUCUAACACUGCCAACGCCAGCCGCAACAACAAUUAUGUCCACGUCAGCAGCAGCAGCAGCCGCAGCAACAACGGCGAUGGCCGCUGCGAUGUCUAGGGCCACAGCAACAACAAAUGCCCCAGCAGCAACAACACUGGAAACAACAACGACAUCAACUGGACCAGGCACAUUUUUUACAUACAGCAUACCAGGCAUGGACAUCGCGCCGGGACCAUUUAUAUUCACCUACGUUAGUGAAUUUUUAUCGCUUAUCACGCCGGAAGAAUUGCCGCUUGAUUCUAUACGGGAUGUACUACAUAAGAAUGGUAGCCUAAUCGACUUUGCCUCUAAUGCCAUUAAAAUCGAAUCGGGCUUCAUCGCACUGAUGAGCAUAUUUGCCAUACUGGCUUUAGUGCCACUGAUUGCCACCUGUGCUUGGUGCUGCGGUCGUCGGAGCACACAGGAUGAAGUGGACCUCAUACGGAACGCCCCGGUGCACAUUCGCGACGAAUCCUUGGAGGAGAGUCUGCGAUGUCGCAAAAGUGCUUCGGUGGUCACACUUUGGAUUGUCUUCAUACUGCUCACGCUGAGCGACCUUAGCAUAUUUUAUGCCAAUAGUCGGCUAUCGACAGGGAUUGAGAUGACGCCGGAGAUGGUCAAGUCGGCGGUGCACGACGUCGAGGUUUUUUUAAAGGAUACGCAUCUACAAAUCAAACACAAACUAGAUAAUGGCUUUCAUGUUUCCGUCGAGAAAGUUGUCAAAGACUUGGAAGACGUGGAUGUUCUCCUUGGCGAACCAAUUCAAGCGGAAAUAUCUGCACACACUGGCCUCGAGCUGGCAUAUGAUUCAUUGACAACACUUAGCCUGGCGAAUGCGGAGCUCAUUUAUCGCGUCCUUAUGCUUCAAGAGACCGUCGGACGCGCUCUGAAGCUCUCCCAGGAGGCAGCCGCCCGCAUGGAGGAGCUACAGAUACAAUUAUCCGUGCUGCAGCGCCAGUGCACGUACCGAGAUCGUCCGCUCUGUGACACAUUGCGUAUACGCAGCUUUGAGGAAAACGGAGUUGUCGAUGCGCUCAAGACGCUGCAAGAGGACCAGAGCAUCUUUCGCAUGCGAUACUUGGGCGAAAUUGAAUUUGGUUCCACUGUCAAGAAUCUGACAUCGGAAGUUGGCGUCUCACGUUCAAUUUUCAGCAAUUUCCCGCAACAAGUUAAGCACGAUACAGCAUAUGAACGAAACUAUACGCUGGAGCAGCUGGCGAGCAUAAGGCACAGGACGACAGCCAAUGCCCAGCUGUUGACAUCGACAAUUAAUGCGUUGCUGGAGCGUCUGGAUCGAACGUGGCCAGCACUGGAGCCGACUUACAUAGAGCUUAAGGAGUGGGCGAACACGUACUGGGGCAUUGGCUGGAUUGCCGCCAUGGUCAUCGUUUGGGUGCUGCUCUUUAUGCUAAUGUCCUACUGUUGCUUCCUCUGCGAGUCGAACGCCAAGUCCGGCAUUGUCUUCUUCGUUACCGUCUUGGUCAUUUGCCUGGGCAGCAUUGGACUCACCUUCUAUGGGGUCUUCUCCCUCGCCAUUGGCGGUAACGUCGAGGUCUUCCUCUGUCGCUCCAUCCAAGGCCCCAACUACGAGAUGCUGGGCAAGCUAUUCGAUAAGCCCGGCUAUGUGUAUGCAGCAGAGCCCCAAACAGGCAUCAUUGGAGAGCUCCUUCGUCCUGCUGGCGUUAAUCGCUCCGUUGUCAAUGUCAAUCUGGGCACAGCACUCAGGGGCUGCGAACAAAAUCAAGCAUCGUACAAUGUCUUUCAAUUGGAUGCAUUCGUUAAUACAACCAAAAUAGCCGACUUAAAACAAUUCCCGAAAGUAUCAACGGCCAUCGAUGCCAUUUCGGUAUCGGAGCGAACGCUCCUCUCGCUGACCCAAUCUAUUCAGAAUAUUUUGGAGAACAUGUUGCAAACGUCCGCUUUCAAUCUGACCACGUAUCGGAACAGUGUUGGCGCACCCACGCCCGAAAAGGAUUUGGCAACGUUCAUUGAUCAAAUGCAGCGCGUUGCCCUCCAGAUUCAAGAUGUGGCCACUUCGUCCCGCAUGACAACUUUGGGCAGUCGGUCGAAACGAUUGCAAGCUUCGAUACUGCAGCCGCUUGAGAAUCUGCAGAAUGAAAUACUUUACCAUCUGACUGCGUUGGAGCUGCAGAGAGAUCCCUGGGCGAAGCAGGUUAAUCAGACACUCAAUCACUUGAAAAACAUUCAAGGAUAUUUGGAGAACAAAGCUGGGGAGAUCUGUCACAAUCUGACGCGCGUCUAUACAGAGCGCCUCAAGACAUACCUGACCAGCAGUCGUGCCACAAUGGAGUCACAGCUGGGGGAUACCACAACCAAGUGCCGUCCGUUCUACGAUACGUUUGAUGCCAGUCGGAUAUUUUUGUGCCGCAAUCUGGUGGACUUUGUUAAUGGUCUGUGGUUCUUUGUCUUUCUGACCCUGUUGCUCUGGGCCAUUGGCACACCAGUUGGCCUCAAUCUGAUCACCAUACAGACGCGACUGAAUGCCAUGUUGCUGGCACAGAAGCGUAACAAGGGGAAGCAGCGCAGGAGUGACAGAGACAGUGAACGGGACCAGCGAGGAACUGGCACACGUGGACGCCCGAAGCAACGGACGAGCAACGCUGGGAAGCGAGAACAGCAACGGGAUCGAAGCACUAGUAGUGCAACAGCACGCUCCCGACCACCAUUACGACGCACUGCCACUGAGGAAACUUUAGACAUAGCUGACGAGGACUCCACGCCAUCGAGACAGCAGCACCAACAGCAUCAUCACCCACAACAGCAGCGGCGACAGGAGUCGGAGCAACGUGAAUUGGAUCGUGAGCGAGGACGUGAUCGCGAGCAGCGGAGCCGAGAGCGUGAGCUGAGUCGGGGACGAGAAAUGGCGAUGACCCCAGUUCGAAGUCGCCAGCAGCUACGUCGCGCUGAACCAAUGCCCGAGGAUGACAAUUGGGGUUCAUCCAGUGCACCCAGUAGAGCCAACUCCAAUGAGCGCGAAAGCAGUCAGUCUAGAAAGAUCAUCAACAUUUGGCAGUCGAGAAAUAAAAUCAAGGCACCGAUUCGCCGCCAAGGUACUGAGGAGCUAGACUUUGAGGAUGAACAGACACAGCAGGACAGCGGCUGGAGGGCCAAGUCCAGCGCCAGUCCCGAGUUGCGGCAAUUCGAGAACCGUCGCCAACAGCAGCAGCACCCGGACAAUCGAUCCCAAUCGCAAGCUAAGCCCAAGUUGCGUAGUACGAAUGUGGACAGAGCUAGUAGCCAAGUGGCACGUCGUCCGGUCACGCCCGUUCUGAGCGUCAAUCCCGAUGUGCCAGCUGCCGUGCCAAUGCCCCGAACGCCGAUGCGUUUGAGGAGCAAGGUCUCAUUGACAGCCCGAGCCGUGCAGGAUAUUGUGAAUAAGCGAAGCCAGCGCCUCCAACGUACUGGUACCGAUGAAUUUGAUCUGGAUGAGAGCGAUACCUACGGUACUGGAGCACAUCUGGACGCGGACGUCGCUGCCGCACGUCGCACUCCGCCACGCAGCGCACCUCCGCCUCCACCGCCACCGACGACCGGGAUGAACAGAAGUGGCGGCGAACGCACUGUACGUUGGAACGAAGAGGAGGAUUUUGUCUUCGAAGAUGCUGAUUCACCUACACCAAAUCGCCAUUGAGAGCCCAGCUUGCUAAUUAAGAUAUAUCUUUUGUAUUUCAACAUAACAAUAUUUUUGAUUUAUUAGGAUGAAUUUAGUCUAUUCAGUCUAGUCUACGAUAGUAUCAAGCUUUUCAAUAAUUCUUAAGCAUUUAAGUUGCGACUAAAUCACAAAUAAAGAAUGGUGCAACAAUCACAUACGACAUACAAAGUAUAUACUAAA